CUCUUCUCCCGACUCCAUGUUUACUGUGGAACUAGCUGCUCUUCUGCAUGAUAUAGGUGACUACAAAUACGUGAGGGACCCAUCUGAGGCAAAAAUCGUUGAGGAAUUCCUUGACCAUGAAGGGAUAGAGGAUAGCAUGAGGAUACAUGUUUUGAAUAUCAUAAAGGGAAUGGGGUUCAAAGAAGAACUUGAAGGUCAAGCAAAUGGUGUUUCUUCACUGGAAUUUCAGGUUGUGCAAGAUGCAGAUCGACUUGAUGCAAUUGGUGCCAUAGGAAUUGCAAGAUGUUUUACAUUUGGUGGAAGUAGGCAUAGAGUUCUUCAUGAUCCUAAAAUCCUUCCCAGGUCAGAUCUUUCCAAGGAAAACUACAUGAACAAAGAUGAGCAAACAACUAUUAACCAUUUUCAUGAGAAGCUUCUCAAGUUGAAGGACUUGAUGAAAACUCAGGCUGGGAAGAGGAGGGCUGAAAGAAGGCACAAAGUUAUGGAAGAUUUUCUUAAAGAGUUCUAUGAAGAGUGGGAUGGCAAUGCUUGAACAGAUCCUUGGUUUUGAAUGUGUAUAACUUUUGCAAGUGUACACAUAAGAAAUACUUAUCUCACCCUUUCUGAUAGUUUGGGCCAGGAUGGACUCGAAGUCCACCGGUGAAUUGGUUUUGGAUUGUUUGAUGUGUAUCUGAACUUUUAAAAGCAUUUCAAUGUUAUAUUGCUAAUCCUUUCUGACAGAAGCCUUCAGGAAGGACUGAUAGAACCCCAAUAUUUUUCUUGUAUAUUACUGCUCUCCUUGUUUUCCCGUCUUUCGCAACGUUUACUCUACAAACUACUACUAGCCAAAGAGGUCAAACGGGCAAACGGCUCCUCUGUUCCUAGGAGAGUAGGAGAGGCAAGUGUGCAUAUCUCAUCCUCUAUAGACUUUAUUUAUAAGUGGAUAUGUUUGGUUUAGAUUGAUUCGUUUUAAUGGAUAUGUUCGGUUUGGUUUGGUUUUAUUAAAUGAUUGUUGGGGGUUGGUA